AUGAAAGAGGUAACUGUCACAAUUUUAUUUGUCCUCUUAGGUCUUUCUGAUGAUUUUGACCUUCAGAUUAUGAUUUUUCUUUUUUUAUUUAUAACAUAUAUACUAAGUGUCGCUGGAAACCUGAUUAUCAUCACCCUAACCUUGGUGGACUCCCAUCUACAGACGCCUAUGUAUUUCUUCCUCCGGAACUUCUCUUUCUUAGAAAUCUCAUUUACAACUGUAUGUAUCCCUAGAUUUCUGGGGGCAGUUAUCACCAGGGAUAAGACUAUUUCCUAUAAUAACUGUGCAGCCCAACUAUUUUUCUUUAUUUUCAUGGGGGUGACUGAAUUUUACCUUCUAACUGCCAUGUCCUAUGACUGCUAUGUUGCCAUCUGCAAGCCCCUUCAUUAUACAAUCAUCAUGAACAGGAAACUCUGCACCCUGCUUGUGCUGUGUGCGUGGCUGGGAGGGUUUAUGACCAUUUUCCCUCCCCUUAUGCUUCUCCUCCAGCUGGAUUACUGUGCUUCCAAUAUCAUUGAUCACUUUGUAUGUGACUAUUUCCCCCUUUUACAACUGUCUUGCUCAGAUACAUGGCUCCUAGAAGCAAUUGGAUUUUACUUUGCUUUGGUUACUUUGCUAUUCACUUUGGCGUUGGUGAUUUUAUCGUAUAUGUACAUUAUCAGGACUAUUUUGAGAAUCCCAUCUGCCAGUCAGAGAAAAAAGGCUUUCUCCACUUGUUCCUCUCAUUUGAUUGUCAUUUCCAUUUCUUAUGGAAGCUGUAUGUUCAUGUAUGCUAAUCCCUCUGCAAAAGAAAAGGCAUCAUUGAUCAAGGGAGUAGCUAUUCUCAAUACCUCUGUUGCCCCCAUGCUCAACCCCUUCAUUUACACCCUGAGAAACCAGCAAGUAAAACAAGCCUUCAAAGACAUGGUCCAUAAAGUAGUAUUUUCUACAAGUAAAUGA